CCUCCCUUUAAUCAGCAGCACUUCGAGUUCCAUGGGGACAGGAGUGGAAAGUCAGACCGGUGACAUUGCUGUUAAACUUGCGAAACGUUAUCUCGAUGAUGCACCCAUGAUUUGUCGACGAGGUUUACAUUCAUGGACUUUUCACUGAAGGCAAUAUUGCGUCACCGAUUUUCUACUUACAAAUGAUGUACCUACGUGUAAAGUUCCCAUAGCCCUGAAGUUAUUGAUGAUUGGUAUGGUGAUGUUCUAUUCAUUUUUUCGGAUGAUGGCUCAGACGCUCUCCAUUAUCUCAUUCCUUGGCAUUAUUUUGGAGAUUACCGUUGCCAUUGCUUUAGAACUGCGCUUCAUGCCCGAGCCCCCAAUACUGAGCCCCACUGGGAUCCAAAAGAUGAACAAAUCGGACCAUCUGGAGCUCACCUGCAGAGGUCACCAGAACCUAAAGUGGACCACCCCUUUAACAAGCAGUCAAAUCUCCGUUGUGGACUGUAGUGGGUCAGGGCUAUUCUGCUCCACACUGGUGAUCACUAGUGCAACUGCCAACGAGACCGGACUGUACCGAUGCUUCUUCAAAGACCUGAAGGUGGAGGACGAUAAAACCUCAGCAUCUGUUUAUGUCUUUGUUCAUGAUUACAAAGUGCCCUUUGUGCUGUCUGAGAAGGAGUAUGAAGUAGUGUUCAUCCGCCAGGGACAGCCGGUGGUCAUCCCAUGCCGUGGUUCAGUGGAGGAUCUUAACGUAACGCUCCAUACUAAGUUUCCACCAAAGGAGUAUAAUGCCAAUGGGAAGGAUUCUGUGUGGGAGGCCCGGACUGGCUUCACCAUCCCUAGUCAACUGAUCAGAUUCGCUGGAGUGGUUUUUUGUCAAACUAAGCUUGCCAACCAGACAUUCAAGUCGCCAUACUACAUCGUAGCCGUCGUUGGAUACAAGAUCCAUGAGCUCAUGCUGACCCCUGCACACGUUCGGCUGUCUGUCGGGGAGCGGCUGGUACUCAUCUGUACGGCCAGUACUGAGCUCAAUGUGGGCAUUGACUUUAACUGGACUCACUCGGGCCAGCGCCUGACCACAAAAAAUGGCUCAGAGGAUUUUCACAAAAAGGCCAAUAAAGUCAGGCUGUGGAACUCUCUGGAACUGUCCAACACGCUCACCGUUGACAACGUGACGGUCGACCACACGGGGGAGUACACCUGCACAGCGUCAAGCGGUCAGAUGGAAAAGAGUGCAUCAGCCUUCCUCAAGGUUUACGAAAAACCGUUCAUUGAGUUGAAGGACCCUCGUGCAAAUUUGAUAGAGCUGACCGUUGGCGACCACACCGCAGAGCCCCUCGUUCCCUUCAAGUACGAGGCCUACCCUGAGCCCUCCAUCCAGUGGUAUAAGGAUGGCCUGCCAAUUAAGGUCGAUUACAGGGUCAUGCCGAAGAACGGGAGCCUGGUGAUCCACGGGGUCUUGGAGAAGGAUGCAGGGAACUACACCGUGGUGCUGACCAACAACCUCACCAAUGACAAAGAGAGCCACACAUUUCAGCUCAUUGUCAAUGUGCCACCACACAUCAUCGAGAAAGAGGUUGCGGUGGACACGGACGUGUAUACAUACGGCAGCAGGGCCACCCUCAGGUGCACCGCCCGGGGAUUCCCCAUCCCCUCACACAUCCAGUGGGAGUGGAUGUCCCGGGAAGACUGCCCACAGGCCUUUCAGUCAGGGAUGGCCGUAUCAGAGGUCAACCUAGAUGAGUGCACCAGCUGGAGGCAUAUCAGCAACGGCACAGAACACAACCCUAUGGAUGGAAUCACCAUCGACCCUGAACGUGAUCAUAAGAAAAUCGUGAGUUCUUUGAAGAUCAACAAAGCUGAGGUCCACGCUCUGUACAGAUGCCUGGCUGCCAAUAAAAAAGGACAAGAUUCACGCGUAAUCUUCUUCCAUGUGACCCGUGGUCUGGAGCUAACCGUGUCUCCAUCCAGUGAGCCCAUAGAGGAGGAGCCGGUGGUUCUGAGGUGCAAGGCGGACAGGCUCAUCUACAGGAACCUGGCCUGGUUCCGCUUGUCCGGCGCCUUUGACUCGGAGAGCACCACAUCGGUCCAGCCGUGCCGCUCGCUGACCCUGGCCCAGCUUCCCCUCUCCCAGGCCGCUCUGUCAUGCCUGCCGGGCGCCAAGCUCAGCCUGGAGCUGCCACUGGCCAGCGCGUCGCGGCAUGACGAGGGCAUGUACGUCUGCCAGGUGGAGAACAUCAAAACACGGGAGAAGAUCUGUCUGCUGCGCAGCCUGACUCUCAGAGCUCUGGAGCCUGCAAGGAUUCUGAAUAACAUGACUGACCAGAAGGUAAACAUGAGCAGCACGAUGGUGUUCACGUGUAACGUCACGGGCACCCCUCACCCCAGCGUGGCUUGGACCAAGAACAACCACACCGUUCUGGAAGGUUCCGGAGUUAUUCUGAGCGAACGGAACCAACGGUUGACCAUCCAGCGUGUGAAGGAGGAGGACAGUGGUUUGUACACAUGCACUGCGUGUAACAAGCGUUCCUGUGACUCCUCCCAGGCCUUCCUGACCACAGAAGGGGCAGAGGAGAAGACCAAUGUGGAGCUGAUUGUGCCUAUUGGCUGUGUGGUCAUUGCCAUGUUUUUCUGGCUGCUGAUAGUCUUCGUCAUCCGAGGAAGAAAGAGGCCUACCGGUGAGGACGUGAAGACGGGCUACCUGUCUAUGAUCUUGGACUCUGAGGACAUGCCAGUGGAUGAGCAGUGUGAGCGGCUCACGUAUGAUGCCAACAAGUGGGAGUUUCCCCAGGACAGGCUGAAACUAGGCGAUCCUUUGGGACGAGGUGCGUUUGGUCAGGUGGUGGAGGCCGCUGCUUUUGGCAUCGAGAAAAACACCACGUGUACAACUGUUGCUGUCAAAAUGCUGAAAGAAGGGGCCACAUCGAGUGAGUACCGGGCGCUGAUGUCCGAGCUGAAGAUCCUCAUACACAUCGGUCACCAUCUGAAUGUGGUCAACCUUCUGGGAGCCUGCACCAAGCCGGGGGGACCAUUGAUGGUGAUUGUAGAGUAUUGUAAAAACGGCAACCUUUCCAGCUACUUAAAGAGCAAGCGUGGAGAGUACAGUCCCUUCAAGAGACAGAGGGUGGAAAAUGCGAGGUGGGCACGUGCAGAGGAAGACGUGAAUGAAGUGGACCUGGGUUUGGGGACUACCGCCCAGUUGGACAUCUGUACCGGCACAGCUAUCUGCACCCGAUACGACGCCUUACCCAUCGAACCGGAACUCAAAGGAGAGAGCUCGGACUAUGAUCACUUGACCAUGGAGGACCUGAUCAGCUACAGCUUCCAGGUAUCCAAGGGCAUGGAGUUCCUGUCUUCUCGGAAGUGUAUCCACAGAGACCUAGCGGCUAGGAACAUCCUGCUCUCCGAGCACAACGUGGUGAAGAUCUGUGACUUCGGUCUGGCCAGAGAUGUCUACAAAGACCCUGACUAUGUCCGCAAGGGAGAUGCCCGCCUGCCCCUGAAGUGGAUGGCUCCAGAGACCAUCUUUGACCGGGUGUAUACCACGCAGAGCGACGUCUGGUCCUUCGGGGUCCUGCUCUGGGAGAUAUUUUCACUGGGAGCAUCUCCAUAUCCAGGCGUUUGCAUUGAUGAGUCCUUCUGCAGGAGGCUGAAGGAGGGGACCAGGAUGAGAGCUCCAGACUAUGCCACAACUGAGAUAUACCAGACCAUGUUGGACUGUUGGCUCAAUUGUCCCACAGACAGACCAACUUUUUCUGAACUGGUGGAACAUCUGGGGAACCUGCUACAGACCAGCGCUCAACAGGAUGGGAAAGACUACAUUCCCUUGACGGCAGAUGAGGUGCAGGGAUGCCCGGUGACUUCCAGCCCCAGGGGCCCCCAAGCCUUCCCUCUGAGUGGGGAGCAUUUGGAGCCCCAGCCCCAUUAUGACAACGCACCCCAGAUCUGGAGCCAACAGAGUGACAGGUGCAGCCGCCCUCUCAGUGUUAAAACCUUUGAGGAUAUCCCAGUGGAAAACAACAAUGUCAUGUUGGGGUGUCCAGUCAGGGGCUUCACUCCAGAUGAGAUCAAGAGUCUGGAUCACCAGCUGCCCAGAACACCCAAUCUCAACCAACUGCUACGCUGUAAAAGCAAGGAGUCUGUGGCCUCAGAAGCAUCCAAUCAGACGAGUGGAUACCAGUCAGGCUACCACUCCGACGACACGGACACGCCCAUAUAUGCCAACGAGGAUGUGAUCAUGAAGCACAGAAUGCUGAAGAAUCCUCCGUUGCCAUCGAAAGCAGACAAGUUUAACGUUGAUGUGCGCUAUAGCACACCGCCGGUGUGACCGCACAUUUUUACCGCUGUCCCCUGUCGACCCGUGAAGUCUGCCCACUCCCUGCCCCAAUUCUGCUGCCCUCCCAAUGGAAAACCAAUUUUGAAAUAUGGCAACAUCACAGGCAAUGGUCCUGAUAGCAGUGAUUCUAUGGAAGCAAAUCACUGCCAUCAUUUUUUGAAUUUUAAAAGCCAUUGUACACACUGAUUGAAUUCAUAAAAUUUGAAUAUUAUACUUUGAAAACAAGGUCACCUGAUUUAUUUGUUUUGAAUUCACCUUUGAAUUUCAAACAUGGCAUUUUAAGUAAACCAUUUUAAAAAUCACAAUGUCAAAUAACAAAAAUCAAAUAUUCUAAACAGCAUAUUCAAGUUGUCAAUACGGACCAGAAAAUUCAAGCCAUAAGAAUUUGAACUGCAGCAGCAGGGCAAAUGCCUUAUUUGAAUUUCAAAGAGGUGAAUUCAAAACAAAUAUAAUCAGUUUUUCUUGUUUUCAAUUUAUAAUAUUUCAAUGUCAUGAAUUAAAUAGUGUUUACAUGUCAAUAUAUACAAAAUGUAAAAUUCUGACAAUUAUCGCAGUGAUUUGCUUCCACAUGAUUCCAUUUUACGUUCAACAAACCAUUUUGAGGUAUAUCGUAAUUCUGAGCCGAUUUAUUUGAACCACCAUUAAAAAGGUAAUCAUGUUUACCCAGCCAAGCCUUGGCAUUUGGGUAAGCCCAUUUCCUGACAAGCAAUCCACCCACACUUCCUCAAUUGCAGGAAAUAGCAACUAGAUUUUGGUAACUGGCAGAAGUUAUAAUUAUUACAUAUUAUUUGGUCAGUUGUGAGUCUGUAGACUAAAUCUUUCAAAUUAAUUUUUGUAACCUAAUUCUGACCAAUUUUCAUUGAACAGCUCACUUUUUUCCAUGAAUUGCCAUAGUUUGCAUUGACCUGUAAUAAAUAUUACUAGUUUUUAUCAAAUAAACACUCUUUUAGAUUAGG